UUCCUCGAGACCUGUGUGACAAUACUUCUCCAAGACAGCAACAUCAUGAAGCUCCUGUUGGUGUUCUCAGCGCUGAUAGUGGUGGCAGCGGCACAGUUCAAUCAGGCAAGGUUCCCCUCCAGCCGCCGUGCCGCCUUUCUCCGCUUCGAUGAUGACUUUGAUGACUACCUCGACGAUGACCAUGACUCUUUGGAGGACCUGUACGAAGACCUCUACGACGACGAUGCUGAUGAUCGCGCCGAGGCCCGUGCAGCGCUGACCCGCCUGAGAGCCUCUGGAGCAGUCACAGGCAACACCUUCAGGAACAACAGAUUUAUCAAUAACAGGAGAAACAACAGAUUCAGAUCAACAGGCUCCACCAACAAUGGCUUCGUCAACAGGUUCCCCAGCACCAAUCGUUUCAGCACCUCUAGACCCACCAUCGCUCCUCACAGUUUUUUCACUCCAACACCUAACCCAACCCCAAGCCCUUUUAGGAGCUCCACUUCUAACAACCGCUUCGGUAGCUCCACCACCAACCGCUUCGGUAGCUCCACCAACAACCGCUUCGGUAGCUCCACCAACAACCGCUUCGGAGGCCCCAACAACAAUGCUUUCGUCCAACCACUGUCCAACAGUAUCACCGCCAACAACCCCUUCACCACCAAGACCACCAUCACCCCCAAGUUCAACAGCAUCUCCAGCAACAGGAAGACAUCCUCAGCCUCAUCCCUCAAGACCCUACCUUCAGGACUCAAUUGGCCUGGGGGUAAUGGCUACUUCUUCAGUAUGAGCACUCACGGAGCCGAACCUGUCACAUACUUCAUCCGUUACGACGACUAAGACACUCCAAGGCAGUUCGGACGCGUCAAGAAUUUGUUCGACGACAAGGACACAACCAGAGAGUCCUCAACCUGUCACUUUCAUCCACUAGGUUAACAAGAAUCCAGUCAAGGGAUUCCGGCACUACACUUUUUUUUUUUGUACAA